AUGGCUCCGCCUAACGACCGUACCCUGAACUUCAUCGGCCCCAAACCUUUAGAACAGCUGAUUGUGUUAUCUGAGGGGAAGCUUACCGUCAGGGGCGUGCCAUUGCUCACGCACGUCCCUGACAACGUCACUUUCAGUCCCUUCUCUCAAAUAUGUCAAUCCUCCGACGCUCCUCCCGCUCUGCUUCAGAGGGUUGUGUCUCAACAUCACCAGGGUGGAUUCCUUGGAUUCUCACAGAAAGAGCCCUCCGAUAGGUUGAUGAACUCCUUGGGUAGUUUCAGCGAUAGAGAGUUUCUUAGUAUCUUCAGGUUCAAAACAUGGUGGUCUACCCAGUGGGUCGGGAACUCUGGCUCUGACUUACAAAUGGAAACUCAGUGGGUGCUCCUUCAUCUUCCUGAGAUUAAGUCUUAUGCCAUCGUCAUUCCUAUCAUUGAAGGCAGCUUUAGGUCUGCCCUUCAUCCUGGCUGCGACGGCCAUGUCAUGAUUUGCGCAGAGAGCGGGUCGACCCAAGUGAAGGCAUCCAGUUUCCAUGCCAUAGCUUACAUUCACGUGUCAGAAAAUCCCUUCAACUUGAUGAGAGAGGCCUACACUGCUCUGAGGGUUCACCUCAAUACUUUCAGGCUCUUGGAAGAGAAAACCACACCGACUCUGAUUGAUAAAUUUGGGUGGUGCACAUGGGAUGCAUUCUACUUAACCGUUAACCCCAUCGGAAUAUGGCACGGACUGAAAGAUUUUGCUGAUGGUGGCGUGGCUCCGAGGUUUCUCAUCAUCGACGACGGUUGGCAAAGCAUCAAUUUGGACGGAGACGACCCAAACGAGGACGCUAAAAAUCUCGUUUUAGGUGGUGAGCAAAUGACUGCAAGGCUCCACAGACUCGACGAAGGUGACAAGUUCAAAAAGUACAAGGGCGGUCUUAUGCUGGGCCCUAAUGCUCCUUCUAUGGAUCCUAAAAUGAUCAAAGCCCUUAUCAAUAAGGGAAUUGAACUUGAGCAUUUGCAGCAGGAACGUUACCGCGCAUUGGAUUCUGCGAGUGCCAAUCUGUCCCAGAUUGAAACUGGGAUCAAGAAGGUGAGACAAGAAAUCGAUGGUCUUUGGCGAGAAUUGGCCAGCGGUACAGACGAAGAAUGUGGAAGCCAGUGCUGCAAAACGGACGAGUAUGGAAUGAAGGCUUUUACAAGGGAUUUGAGGUCUAAAUUCAAAGGUUUGGAUGACAUUUUCGUUUGGCAUGCCCUUUGUGGUGCUUGGGGUGGCGUGAGGCCGGGAGCAACACACCUAAACUCUAAGGUAAUCCCUUGCAAACCCUCCCCUGGUCUAGAAGGUACGAUGCAUGAUCUUGCUGUGGUGAGAAUCAUUGAAGGCUCAAUCGGGCUUGUUCAUCCGGAUCAAGUCAAUGACUUUUAUGACUCUAUGCACUCCUAUCUUGCCAAAUCGGGCAUUACAGGAGUCAAAGUGGAUGUUAUUCAUACUCUCGAGUAUGUGUGCGAUGAAUAUGGAGGCAGAGUAGAGCUUGCCAAGGCUUACUAUGAUGGACUGUCAAACUCUGUUACCAAGAAUUUCAAUGGAAAUGGAAUCAUUGCUAGUAUGCAACAGUGCAAUGACUUUUACUUCCUCGGGACGAAGCAAGUGUCUAUGGCUAGAGUCGGGGAUGACUUUUGGUUCCAAGAUCCGAAUGGCGAUCCAAUGGGAGUAUUCUGGUUACAAGGGUUACAUAUGGUUCACUGUGCUUAUAACAGCCUGUGGAUGGGGCAGAUGGUUCAGCCUGAUUGGGACAUGUUCCAGUCAGACCAUGUGUGUGCCAAAUUCCAUGCGGGUUCGAGGGCCAUUUGUGGCGGUCCGAUCUAUCUGAGUGACUCGGUGGGUUCUCAUGAUUUUGAUCUCAUCAAGAAGCUGGUUUAUCCUGAUGGCACCGUACCCAAGUGCAUCCAUUUCCCCCUUCCAACCAGAGAUUGCCUUUUCAAGAACCCUCUCUUUGACCAGAGAACUGUCCUCAAGAUUUGGAACUUCAACAAGUAUGGUGGGGUGAUUGGGGCCUUCAAUUGUCAAGGUGCCGGUUGGGACACCAAGAUGCACAAAUUCAGGGGUUUCCCAGAGUGUUACAAGCCAGUAUGUGGUUCGGUACAUGUCUCUGAGAUUGAAUGGGACCAGACGAAGGAAGCAGCCCAUAUGGCUGAGGCAAAGGAGUAUGCAGUGUACAUGAAUCAAGCUGAGGAACUGUGUUUGAUGACCCAAAAGUCUGAACCACUGCAAAUUACCAUCCAACCUUCUACCUUUGAGCUCUUCAGCUUUGUACCAGUCACGGAGCUAAAGCGCAGCAUCAGAUUUUCAGCCAUUGGCCUGACGAACAUGUUCAAUAGCGUGGGGACAAUUCAAGAAAUGGAAUGGGCAGAGGAAGGCGUGAGGCUCAAGGUUAAAGGCGAAGGAACUUUUCUUGCUUACUCAAGCGAGUCUCCUAAGAAGUGUCAAUUGAAUGGUGCCGAUGUCGCGUUUGAGUGGCUGCCUUAUGGCAAACUGAGGUUCAACCUUGCUUGGGAUGAAGAGGCUGGAGGGCUUUCUAGUUUAGAAAUUUUCUACUAGCUAGGAUUAUCCUUUUUUUUUGGGGUAUUA